GAGAUCGAAUUGAACACCAUCUUUCAAUCUUCUUAUAUCUUGCAUUGCCUUACAUGUUGCGCCAAUGAACGAGAAUGAUCAAAUCAUAAACGAAAACGGACAAACUUUGAAUGAAGAAGGAUUACCGUUUAUCAAUGUUACAGAACAGAUAGCAGAACAGGAUGAUAGGUUUGGCAAAGGUGUAGUUCAAACUUUCCGACCUACAGAGGAAAAGAGUAAAGAAGAGAGAAAGAUAUGGAUGAAUUCCAUAUUGAAUCAGCUUGAACAAGAUGAAGGGGAAGAGAACGUCAUCCAAAAACACCUUCAAACCGAACAAAAUUCUCAAAAGAGUUCGCAUACCCGUGUUUCAUCUGCAGAUCGCCCAUUGCCAUCAAAAUCAGUCUUGAAACAUACAUUUCACAAUGUAUCGCCCGAUCCAAAAUUUGGUGCUUCAGGUAUCCGUAAAGGUUUCUUGAAUAUGAAUCCUAGCAGUCCAGCAGCGGAGCAUAGCAGUGAUCCGAUCGAACAAGUACGUUGGAUGGCCGCCGAUGAUAAUAUGAGUGCUAGUACGAGCUCAUUGGGCAGUAUGGCAGAUCAAAUGACAAAUGCCGAUGAAAGAAUGUCAAGAAGUGGAGAGAUUGGCGGUAAAGUGAAGAAGAAGAAAAAGAGCGUUCGUAUUCAAAGUCCAGAAGGUGUUCGUGAAAGCAAAAGUGUACGAGAGGAAUUGGUUGGAUCGAUACGUGAAACAAAAAAGAUCGGAAGUGAUGUUGAAGAUGAAGGAAACGAAGAAGAAGCCAAAAUGAUCGUUGAAUUAUUGGGAAUCGAUUCGAUCAAAGGUCAUCCUCAAUAUGAGUCCAUAAAACAGAGCAUGAAAGCACAAGAAGAUGAAGCAAGACGAUCAACCGAACAAGCGAAUGCAAAAUAUCAAUCCACAGGCAAGGCCACGGAUGGUGUGCCUUCUGUUCGUAAGGAAGUGAUCGAACAUGCGCCAGGUAAGACUUCUGCAUUGCCAUCCUCGUCAAAGUCGAGAAAAGAUUCAAGCGCAUUCAAAAUGGGAUUCUUGAACGUUAAGCCCAAACAAUACACAAAACCACCUUUACCCGCCGGUCCCCAAACCACGCAAGGUAUAUCUGCUUUGGAAAGAGCGACAAAUCGAGAUGAGAUCAUCUCGGAAGAAAGGAUAAAGCAAGGUCUCACGCCAAGCGUUCCUCAUGCUCGGCCUAGCAAAGCAUUUGCAGAGAAACUAGAAGCACGAAAAAGAGGAGGAACGAUUUCGAACGAACUUAACGACAUCCACACCGAAAAUGAAGGAUCGGCAAAGAUGAGCAAGGUGCGAUUUGGAGAAACAAAUGAUGGUAAAGUUGAUGUUCAAGUUGGUACGGCAGCCACAGAAGCUACCAAUAAAUUUCAAAAUGAUCCAAUGGCCGGAAUCGUAGAUGAUGAUAAUAGCGAUGAAGAUGAUGUGAUGGCUGAAUUGGGCUUGGAAGUGUACGAUGAAGAGCUGGACGAAGACCAGGUAGACGCUUUAGGAUACUUCUCCGAUGAGGAUGCAGAUCCGGAUAUAGGUUUCGAUAGCGAUGACAUGGUGGAAGCAAUCGUUCCGCCGCAAUUUGAUUCUGAUGCUGGUGAAAUAAAUAAUGAUGACUUGCGAAGAGAAUAUGAAAGGAUCAAGGCCAGCUUGAUGCAGCAAAAUGGAUUUCACCCGAGCAAAUUAUCCGAAGGGCAGAAGAGCGGAGAAAGCUCAAUGCCAACCGAUGAUAUGGAGGGAUUAAAUGACGGACAAGAUUUGAGCUUGAUCGAGGAAGGCGCUGAUCAGAACGCAAAUAUGAGCCGAUUCCGAAGAGAACGUUUACAUCGUGCAAUGAUGGGUAAGAAAGCAACCUCUCGUGAAUUAGGGACAGGAUCAUCGUCUAGCACCGAUGAUCCGAGCGCUGCUUUACGAAAUGCACACAACGUUGGUCCUAGCAUGCUGAUUCCUGCUUUGGCUAACGUUCGCUUUCCUAAACAAAAAGAAGAUGGAACGAUCCCCACUUCCGCAAAUGAAAUUGAACUUGACGGUCAAAGUGAUGAAGAAGAGGACCGUUUGGAAAAUGUUAUGCGUGCUAGACUAGAACAGAGAGAGUUGAACAAAGAAGAAGGCAUGAAGCAACAAUCGGCUACGGAGCAUAAGCCUCCCGAGGUAUUAUCUACUUCGGUUCACAAAGAGAAUCCGCCCAAAACUGCAAAAAAGACUUCACUUUUCAAAGCACGCAUGCAAGGACAAUCGAACGAGUGAAUUCGUCUACAUACAGUGUGUACUUGGAUGCCUAGCUUGCUAUGCUGGUUCUCUCGGUGUUUCGUAUACAAUCUACAAUUAUCAUGUAUUAUAUUUGUCAAUCAAUUGCUUCGAAC